AUCACCAUCACCACUCGCAUGCGGCGCAUCAUCAUCAUCACCAUGGAGUGCAAUUAGUCGCCAGUGAUGGCAACACCAAUAGCAGCAAUCAUCAGCAUCAUAACCUACAAAUUCAGGCCCAUCAUGCGGCGCUGCAUGCGCCACCGCAUCCAACAAUUCUAACAGCAGCGGCGGCAGCAACGGCAACACCUGGUGUUUUGCAUGCGAACCAGCAACAGGCUUUGCAGCAACAACACCUUUUAUUACAGCAACAACAUCAGCAUCAUCAGCAACAACAACAAUCAGGUGGAGUGCCUGUCCAACAGCAAUCGCUCGCGCACCCGCAUGUGCCACACGCUCCUCCACAGCUGCCACCGCAUCAUUCCCAGCUGCCACAGGGCCAACCGCAGCAGCAUCAGACACCACAUGUGGUUGCUGGGCAACAGCAGCAGCAACAACAACAUCAGCAACAGCAAUCACAGCAGUCACAAUCCACACAAUCACAUGGCCAACAGCAGCAGCAACAACAACAGCAACAGCAUUCAGCCAUGUUCACAAGGUUCGAUGCCAAUAAAUCUACAAAAGGUGCCUCCAAAUUACGCCGAGAUUUAAUUAAUGCCGAAAUUGCCAAUUUGCGGGAUUUAUUACCUCUGCCUCAGUCAACGCGGCAGCGUUUAUCCCAGCUGCAACUUAUGGCCUUGGUUUGUGUCUAUGUGCGAAAGGCUAAUUAUUUUCAACAAGUGUUUAAACGUCAUGACAUUUCCAUGCACCAAGCACCAACACCAAAUAUAGGAUUUUCAAAGGCUUUAUCCGGUUUCCUAAUGAUGCUAACCCAAAAUGGCAAACUGUUAUACAUUUCCGAUAAUGCGGCGGAGUAUUUGGGCCAUUCAAUGGAGGACCUUCUCAUCCAUGGCGAUUCGGUGUACGACAUCAUCGAUAAACAAGAUCACUCUGCCAUCCAAGCCGAACUCAACCGCAAUGUGCCACCACAGCCUGGACAACAUAUCAAUUCGGCCGCGGCAGCUGCAGCGGCAAUAUCCAAUUUGGAGGGGGAACAUCGAAUGUUUUUGUGCCGCAUGAAUGUCAGUCGCAACGCUCGCAGACAAAUGCGUUUUGGCGAUCAAAAGGUGGUACUGGUUCAGGGUCAUUAUUUGUCAUUUCUGCCACUUUGCAGCCGCAACGAACCCGUAUUCUUGGCCACAUGCACACCGAUCGCCAUGCCCGAGACCAGGGAGUGUGUGGUGCAGGGUGCCACCAAUGUUUUUACCACCAUCCACUCCAUGGACAUGAAAAUAGCGCACAUUGACAAAAAUGGCGAAUUCCAUUUGGGCUAUUCCAGAGGUGAUAUUCAGGGACAAUCCUGGUAUGGUCUGAUACAUUCGGAUAAUCUGCGAGAGGCUCAAAGUAAACAUAGACUAAUAACUCAAUCCGAACAGGAUCGUUCAUGUAUUCUAUUGGUACGCAUGCAACGGCGUCAGGGAAAUUUUAUAUGGGUUCAUGUUGUGCUGCAGGUGCGAGAUGCCCAGGAUACCAAUCAGCAGCCAGUCAUUGUGUGUACCAACCAAGUGUUGAACGAACGUGAAGCCUCUGUGAUGCUGCUGAAUUCCUGGCUCUAUCAUUAUUACACCGUGCAAUCGAAAAUACAAUUCGGCCUACCCUAUGAUGGGGGGACUCGAGUGCCGGCCACUACGCCAGCCUCUGGGAAUCCUGCUUCCGUCUAUUACCAUCACCAUCACAUACAUCAUCACACGGCUGCAUCGGCGUUUUCACCCACCUCUGUGGUGGGUUCACCCUACUCAGGAUUGCAUCAUGCCACAAAUCACCAUACACAUCCGCUACAGCACCAAUAUCAUCCUCAUCCGCAUAUGCCCACACAUUAUGGCUCAUUUCACUCGGGUGGCAGUGGAGAAAUGCCCAUGAAUGGUGCCUCUAACGCUUUGCCAAAUCGAACAAAUGGUGAGGUGUUAAUGGACUCUCCCGAUUCUCGUGUGGUAAGUGAUACGGGCGCAGGGCAUUUACCCAAUGGUGCACAUUUGAGGUUAGAGCCAGUGGAUUAUAGUCAAUUGGGCGGUGGAGGCGGAGGAGCUGUUUCCAAUCAUUCCAUAUCUCCCGCUCGUUCUCCCUCCUCCAACAAAUCGAAUGGUGCCGAUUUACGCUGUGAAAGUGCCAAUAGUUCGAUAUCAAGUCAUGUCUCUGCCGCCACCAGUUAUACCCUGUCAUGUGCCAGUCAUAGCCGUGUAAGUCCACCACCAGUAGCACCGGCCAAGCGAAGAGCCCUAGGGAAGCUGGAACCCAUUUAUGUGCCAGAUCCCUGUGAGGAGGGUAGUCAUUAUGAGAUUUGUGAACUGGAUCCAGUCUAUCAUCGCACCCCUGAUAGUCAUUCUUCGGUGAUAUUUGCUACCGUGGUGCCGACACGGCCUCGAUUACUCAACAAAUUAUUACCUCCCGAUCCAGCCGAAUUUAUGGAUCAAUGGAAUCCCAGUCCCCCGUGGUCGGAAAGUGCCCAAAAACUAGAUAACUCCUCGUCGUCACAACAAGAACUAAGUCCCUGCAUAACCACCACCCCACCAACACCAACCAGUGCCCCGCCCACCAUGGGUGUGGGGGGAAAUUGUAAUUCAGGUAUAGCUGCCACAUUGGGUUCGGCCUUCUCCUUCGAAUGGAUGCCCGAACAAUUGGUGCCCGUUGUCGAUGGCUGUGUAACUUGCCUCAAUUCCGAAGGCUUGCCAAUGGUGAUGAGUCAUCCUCAUCAUCAUCACCACCAACCCCAUUCUCAUCCAGCUGCUGCUGCUGUUCAUCCCCAUCAUCAUCACUGUCCACCACCACCGCCACCUUGGUCUUCCCACAUGUUAAGUUCGGAUCAUUAUAAUCACCUAUUGAGUACACAAAAUCAGCAGAGGAUCCUUAGUCUGGGUGAAACGAGCCAUAAUGAGCACCACCAGGAAAGUUUAGCUGCGGCGGCGACGUCGACUGAGGCUGCCAUGAAGUGUGAGCGACCCGAUGAUCUGCAGGGAAAAAGUGAUUCUGAUCAAAAUCGUCAACCCCACCACAAACAAGAAGGUCGAUAGGAAACCGAUUUCUAUUUGGGCUGUUAAGGGGGAAAAAAGUCAUAAAUUUGCCAAGUAUCCUGUUUCUUCCCUUCUCUCCCUCUCUCUCAGCCCUCGUCAAUGCCUUAAAUCAGAGAUUUAACAAUGUCCGGGCUAAGAGCCAACAAAAUGUAAUUUAUUAUUUUUUUUUUUUUUUAAUUUUCUCUAAAUGUUUAUUGUCUAGUUUCUUAGUUCGUAAAUUAGCUUUUAAAUUGGAAAAAAAAUAGUGCAAUUGUUUUUUAAGUUAUAAACAUUUAACAUUUGAGAUAAGCCGACAGACAUAACGGAAGACAAACAAAAGUAAUUGCUUUACUAAGUCCCAAUACAUAUUUUGAAACCUAACAAAGUGAGGAGAAGAGUAUAGAAAUAUUGAAAUAUUUUCUUUUUUAAAUUGU